CUCCUUUUUCUGUUAAUUAAUUGGUUCUCCGCAACUAGGUCGGCCAAUUCCCCCCUCUAUAAAUCGACUCCCAAUUCUCUGGUUUCGCCAUCCGCUGAAUCACAAUUCAUUCAAAACUCUCUCCAUAAUCAAAUCUCCGAUUCAGAGCUUUCUUCCCAGCUUCUCAAGAUGCAGAUCUUUGUCAAGACCUUGACGGGAAAGACCAUCACUCUCGAGGUCGAGAGCAGCGAUACGAUCGACAACGUGAAGGCUAAGAUCCAGGACAAGGAGGGAAUUCCCCCGGAUCAGCAGAGGCUGAUCUUCGCCGGCAAGCAGCUCGAGGACGGCAGGACCUUGGCCGAUUAUAACAUUCAGAAGGAGUCGACCCUUCACCUGGUUCUCCGUCUUCGUGGAGGCAUGCAGAUUUUCGUCAAGACCUUGACUGGAAAGACGAUUACUUUGGAGGUCGAGAGCUCCGACACCAUUGACAACGUCAAGGCCAAGAUCCAGGACAAGGAGGGCAUCCCUCCGGAUCAGCAGAGGUUGAUCUUCGCCGGGAAGCAGCUUGAGGACGGCAGGACGUUGGCCGAUUACAACAUCCAGAAGGAAUCCACCCUUCACCUGGUUCUCCGUCUGAGAGGUGGUAUGCAGAUCUUCGUGAAGACAUUGACUGGCAAGACCAUUACUCUCGAGGUUGAGAGCAGUGACACUAUUGACAACGUUAAGGCCAAGAUCCAGGAUAAGGAAGGGAUCCCUCCAGACCAGCAGAGGCUCAUCUUUGCAGGGAAGCAGCUUGAGGAUGGGAGAACCCUGGCAGAUUACAACAUCCAGAAGGAGUCAACUCUCCAUCUUGUGCUCCGUUUGAGGGGUGGUAUGCAGAUUUUUGUGAAGACCCUGACUGGAAAGACCAUCACCCUCGAGGUUGAGAGCAGCGACACCAUUGACAAUGUGAAGGCUAAGAUUCAAGAUAAGGAGGGUAUCCCACCAGAUCAGCAAAGGCUUAUCUUUGCAGGAAAGCAGCUUGAAGAUGGAAGAACCCUGGCGGAUUACAAUAUCCAGAAAGAGUCUACUCUGCACUUGGUCCUUCGUCUCCGUGGUGGCUUCUGAAGUGUGUUGUGUCUCUGGCUGCCUGCCAUGAUGCGUUGAAGGUUGUUGUUGGUUUCUGAUGAGUGUUUGAAAGAUGUUUUUUAAGUUUCUGGUCGGCUGUGGGGUAUAUGCUUAAUAUGGCUCCUCGAUUAUUUUAGUUUUCUUUUCAGUACUGUGAUGGCCUCGGUGGCCCUGUGAACAAUCAAAUUGGUUCUGUUUGGUUUCUUAUGAAGUUCGGUUUGUGGCUAUUUUGAAAUUUGAUCCUCUUGUUUGCAUGCUAUAGUCUGAUGGUAUGUUGGUCGGGCGCUCGACAAAGGCAAUUGGAUGGUAGUUGGGAUUGUAGAAUUGCAGAUAAGUGGAAUGAAUGUGUAAUCGUAAAUUGUAACUUUUGAGCUCAAGCAAGCCACUGGAUGAGUAUUUGGAAAGGGAAAAGGGUGUAGGGCUGUCAGGCUGUGGGUAGUGGACUUGGUGCCCGUAAGAUUUCCCCUAGAUGAUGCAUUGUUGCUUUCAGGAUGGAUCGUCAAGUCCAUUGGUGAUGAUAUGCAGGAGGGACUGAUGCAUUGUUACGAUGAAUGCAUGAUAUGUUGUUGCAAGGUACCCUGUCGCUUGUUGAGAUUUCGAACAAAUUGUCAGUGUUUAGAAUUCAAAUAAUUUUUGGUGUUGAUAAUUCAGAG